AUGGCAUUUAAAAAUUCAAAAAUAUUAACAAACAAAAACGAUAUGUUAAUGACAGCGCAAUUCUCUUCAUGCCUUGACUCCAAUUUUAGCAAAACAGACACCGAUACUCUUUUUUCAAACACAAAAAAUGAUUUCCUUACUGAUGACUUAACACGUGCCCAAAUAUUAUUAGAAUAUCUAAAUAUUGGAGAGCGAAAUAAUAAGAAGGUUUCCGAAAAUGAGUCUCUGAUUGAUCCUAAUACUUUACAUUUUGAAAAUUUUGACGGGGUCUAUUAUGAGGAGGAAUCAGUUUCUACGGAACAUUUAACACAUCAGCAACAGUAUUAUGAAACCAAUUUUGCGUGCAGAGAUUAUUAUUCCGACAGCAUUUCUACAAUUGAUGAUGAAAGUUUACAUACAAUUGAAGACGAAUCCAUUACAUCACGUCCAUUCAAUCAACAAUUGUCUAAAGAACUAAAUAACGCAUUCAUCACCUCAAAUAACAAAGAAAUCAAUAACAACAAUAAUGAUAGUUAUCAUUCAUACGUUCCAAUUGAUGAAUGGAAAAAAUCGUUUCAAUAUGAUACUGAAGAGCUUAUUUCGAAUUUCGAAAUGAACUCGCAUAAGCGGCAUCGAAUUUCCAUGAUUAUGCAUUACGAGCGACAGAUGCGACAGAUGGAACAGGAAAUUGAGGAUCGAUUGAUUGAGCAGGAGGUUUUGGAGUGGGUGGAUGGGAUUGAGCCUUGA